CGCCGCCGCCCCUCUCCCCCGCGGUCCCCCUGGAAUCUGCCGGGCCCACCGCGGAGGGCUGGCUGCAAACUCUGCCGGCGUCCCGAGCCCGAGGCUGGGAGUGCCUGCAGCCCCAUCCUCCCUGGGGCGUGGGGAGAGCCGGCAGGAGUUCACGGACCUUUCUCUGCCAAGGAGCUGCUUUUAACUAUUUAAGAUGAGGAUUCGUCUGGCGAGAAGAUGGACGUGGAUCCGCAAAAGCUGCCUGUUCCUGGGCUUCUUAAUGAUCGCUUACUUUGUGGUCGAGCUGUCCGUUUCUUCCUUCGGUGCUUCCCUCGCCGGCAAGAGCAUCACUAAAGGGAAAUGGGAGAGGCGCUUUUCUGACAGAGCAGAAAAAGCUGUCGAUUUGGCUCGUCCAGUUUAUGACAAACCCCCACCCGAUCCUUAUGCUCCAGGAGAAUGGGGUAAACCCUUUCGCCCCCAGCUGAGUCCUGAGGAGCAGAAACAGGAAGAAGAGCUGAUUGAGAAGUAUGCAAUAAAUAUUUAUUUAAGUGAUAAAAUUUCUCUCCACCGGCACAUUGAAGAUAAUCGACUGAGUGGUUGUAAAACUAAAUCUUACAACUACAGAAGACUGCCCACAACAUCUGUUAUAAUUGCUUUCUACAAUGAAGCCUGGUCAACACUGCUGCGGACGAUACAUAGUGUUCUUGAAACAUCACCCUCGGUGCUUCUGAAAGAAAUUAUACUGGUGGAUGACCUGAGUGAUAAAAUGUAUUUGAAGGCUGAACUCGAAAAAUACAUAAGCAGUCUGAAAAGAGUUCGCUUGAUAAGAACCAACAAACGAGAAGGAUUGGUUCGUGCACGCUUGAUUGGCGCUACCUUUGCUACAGGUGAUGUUCUCACAUUCCUGGAUUGUCACUGUGAAUGUGUUUCCGGCUGGCUGGAACCACUGCUCGAGAGGAUUGCUGAGAAUGAGACUGUUAUUGUUUGUCCUGUCAUUGACACCAUUGACUGGAAAACAUUUGAGUACUACAUGCAAACGGCAGAGCCCAUGAUUGGGGGCUUUGACUGGCGGCUGACAUUCCAGUGGCACUCGGUGCCCAAACAUGAACGUCUCAGGCGCAAGUCGGAAACCGACCCCAUCAGAUCCCCAACCAUGGCUGGUGGCUUGUUUGCUGUCAGCAAGAAGUAUUUUGAGUACCUGGGAACCUAUGAUACAGGAAUGGAUGUUUGGGGAGGGGAGAACUUAGAAUUAUCGUUUAGGGUUUGGCAGUGUGGAGGCAUGUUGGAAAUUCAUCCGUGCUCCCACGUGGGCCAUGUGUUUCCAAAGCGUGCACCCUAUGCUAGACCAAAUUUCCUUCAGAACACGGCACGUGCUGCUGAGGUGUGGAUGGAUGAGUUCAAAGAUCACUUUUACAACAGAAAUCCUUCAGCAAGGAAAGAAAACUAUGGAGACAUUUCUGAAAGAAAGAUUCUUAGGGAGCGUUUGAAAUGCAAGAGUUUUCACUGGUACUUAAAAAACAUAUUUGCUGAGUUGCAUGUACCAGAAGAUCGUCCUGGCUGGCACGGCGCUAUCCGCAGCACAGGAAUACCUUCAGAGUGCCUUGACUAUGUCUUACAGGAGCAUAAUCCUACUGGCUCUCACCUGUCUCUCUUUGGCUGUCAUGGUCAGGGAGGCAACCAAUUUUUUGAAUAUACAUCAAAUCAGGAGAUUAGAUUUAACUCUGUAACUGAGCUAUGUGCUGAAGUCCCUGAGCGUGAAGACUUCAUAGGUAUGAGGAGCUGCCCAAAAGAUGGAUCUCCUGUCCCAGAAAUUAUUAUCUGGCACUUCAAAGAAGAUGGGACUAUUUAUCAUCCUCAUUCGGGGAAGUGCCUUACUGCUUAUCGCACAACUGAGGGGCACGCUGAUGUGCAAAUGAGAACUUGUAGUGCUGGAGAUAAAAAUCAGAUUUGGAAAUUUGAGAAAUAAUCACUACUGGUAGUAUGAAUCGGAUGGACUGUGAUCUUCAAGCUUUGAAUGGAACGUGUGAACAGAGAGCAAUGUUUGAUUGAAUACCUUGAAAUGUUUUCACAUCUCUCUGUGGUGGUGUAGAAACUGUCUACUAUGAUGAACUGUAUGGAAAGCAAAAGUAAAUAGUGCGGUCCGGUUUCUAAAACAUGGAUUAGAACAUCUAAUGCCUUUAUUUUUGUAAAAUUUUGGUCCAUUAUUACUUUUCUCAGUCUUGAUUAUAA